CAAAAACCGACAAACGUCACCCGAUUAUCAUAUAAAAUGUCAACUCGUCGGUGGUGUAGUUAAAAAAAAACGAUGUUUUUUCGAAUUUACAGCACCAAUUUUCGAACCCAACGCCGGCCGAUGCGUCCCGCCAACGUUAUUUAAUCGAAUCCCAUCGAAAAGCGGCGCUUUUCCACGUCAAAACCACGUCAAAAACCAUGUAAAUUCGACCGUUAUAACGGUAAACUGUACCCAGCGAAUCUCGUCCCAUAAUCGAACCCGAAAACCGAUGGAAUAAUUAACAUACCACAAUACCACUGCAAUCGAACGAUUAGACUCGAAUACGCGCCGCUAAUAUCGCUGUUAAUUAUUACAAACAGUAAAAAUUAAAUAUAUAAUGGACAACCAAGGACCAGAAGUGACGUUUCUCUUCCAAUUCGGGCUGAUCCGAGACGCCGUUUCGGUGCCACAGGCCUCACUGAACCUCAGAACCAUCAAGAACCUCGCCGUUAACUUCCUGAAUUCCAAGGUGCCCGAUCACGGUGUGAACCGAAUAGAAGAUCGAAUCCUGCUGUUCAGGCACGUCUACAGCUCCUCUAACGUGCUGCAAUUGAUCAACUCGGCCUGCGAUGUCGUAGACGAGACCCUCGUGGAGAUCGUGUUGACCGGGAAAGCAGUUACAGCAGGUACCCAAGUACCCGAUGCUCCAGUGGUACGCCCUCACGCGCUCUCCGUGCACUCGUACAAAACCCCGACGUUCUGCGAUUUCUGCGGCGAGAUGCUCUUCGGCCUCGUCAGGCAAGGAGUCAAAUGCGACGGUUGCGGCCAAAAUUACCACAAACGGUGCGUCGUGAAAGUACCGAACAAUUGCUCCUACAAUUUGCUGGACGAGCGGCAACGUUGCAGAUCUAGCGGGGGAACCGUUAGUAAUCUAUCGGUGCCCCAUUCGCAGAGCCUUUCGUUGGGUUCGUCGGACAAUUCGCUGACGUCGGCGGGUUCCGUCCAAACGGAGGACAGCGGAUUGUUUCAGACCGAUCGCAGCCCGUCGACGGACGACAGACCGACCAAAUGGUCCCAAAAAGGGACGGCCCCUUCCAUGGUGCGCGUCCCUCACACGUUCGUCGUGCACACGUACACGCGCCCCACCGUCUGCCAGUCGUGCAGGAAACUGUUGAAGGGCCUCUUCAAGCAGGGCAUGCAGUGCAAGGAUUGCAAUUACAACGCGCACAAGAAGUGCCUGCCGAAGGUGCCCAAGGAUUGCGCCGGCGAAGCGACGGCGGCCGAUCGGAGGUUGUCGGGUAAUAGUUGUUCGAACGCUGAUAAUAAUAGUUCAAACGUCGAUGAUGAAAGCGACGCCAUGAAGGAUUCUGGAAUAUCAUCGAACGACGGUUGCAGUAACAAGUUUAUGGACGUUAUACCGGUACAUGAUGAUGAUGACAACGAUUUGACUCCAUCCAGUUCUUCUUCUUCUCCAAGUGCCAACAUUCCUCUACAACGAAUAAUCCAAUCGGUGAAGCACACCAAACGGAGGACUUCGAAGGUGAUCAAAGAGGGCUGGUUGGUGCAUUUCACCAAUAAAGAUAAAACGGUGCGAAGGCACUUUUGGAGACUCGACACCAAAUCGAUCGUUCUAUUUCAAAACGAAACCAGUUCGAAAUACUACAAAGAGAUCCCGCUAUCCGAAAUUUUGACCGUCGAUUCGGCCAGAAUCAAAUACGGAGAAAUCAUGCACUGUUUCGAAAUCCGAACGGCCAACAUCGAUUACUUCGUCGGUCAGGAUCCCCUUUUCGAUUUACGUGACGGCAACAUGGUAAAUCUGCCGCCCCCCGACAGCGGCGUCGGCGCCUACUUGGCCAAAAGUUGGGAGAGUUCCAUUCGACAGGCCAUCGUUCCAGUUCAGGCCAAUGCCAAACACGAAGAGUCCGGAACGAGCGAAGAACAAACCGUCGAUAUGAGCCAGCUCUACCAGAUCUAUCCGGACGAAGUGUUGGGUUCCGGACAGUUCGGAAUCGUCUACGGCGGUGCCCAUCGGAAAACCGCCCGGCCCGUCGCCAUUAAGGUGAUCGAUAAAUUGCGAUUUCCCACGAAACAAGAGGCCCAAUUGAAGAACGAAGUGGCCAUUUUGCAGAAUCUCAGCCAUCCGGGCGUCGUCAAUUUGGAGAGAAUGUUCGAAACGCCCGAACGGAUAUUCGUCGUUAUGGAGAAAUUGAAAGGUGACAUGUUGGAGAUGAUUUUAUCGCACGACAAAGGCCGAUUGACCGAACGCGUUACAAAAUUCAUCAUUACCCAGAUAUUGGUGGCCCUGAAGCAUUUGCACAGCAAGAACAUCGUCCAUUGCGAUUUGAAGCCGGAGAACGUGCUGUUGAGCAGCGACAGCGAAUAUCCCCAAGUGAAAUUGUGCGAUUUCGGUUUCGCCCGGAUCAUCGGCGAGAAAUCCUUUCGGAGGUCCGUCGUCGGGACGCCAGCUUAUCUCGCUCCGGAGGUGCUCCGGAACAAAGGGUACAACAGAUCAUUGGACAUGUGGAGCGUCGGGGUAAUAAUUUACGUGAGUUUGAGCGGAACUUUUCCGUUUAAUGAAGAUGAAGAUAUUAACGAGCAGAUACAAAAUGCCGCUUUUAUGUAUCCGCCGAAUCCGUGGAAGGAAAUUUCUUCGGACGCCAUCAGUUUGAUCAACAACCUGCUACAAGUGAAACAAAGAAAACGCUAUACGGUCGACAAAUCAUUGGCCCACAUUUGGCUACAGGAUUACCAGACCUGGUGCGAUUUGCGCACGUUGGAAAAUCAAGUGGGCGUCCGCUAUUUGACGCACGAAUCGGACGAUCAACGUUGGGAACAGUACAGGGCCGAACUUUGACCCGAAAAGGUCUGCUGGUUGCGCUCCGUGAAAAGAUGUCUGAUGAGCAUGCGCACCUGACGCCCGACACGCCUACUACGAACAAGCUUAUUUCGUUAGCCGGUGACGUUUGACGUUGACAGUUGGUGACGUCGACGCGACUCGGGUACUCGAUCGCAAGCGGUUAAGUAUUUUAUCCUGCC